AUGUCCCGACAAACCCUAAUCUCGAUCUUCUUCUCAACGUUCGUAAUCCUCUUCCACCAAAAUCUGGUGGCAAGCACAACGCCCCCAGAUAUCCAUGAUCUUCUCCCUCAAUACGGUUUCCCAAAGGGUCUUCUUCCCAACAACGUCAUCUCCUACACCCUCUCUCCCGACGCCUCCUUUACCCUCCAUUUAGAUGCCCCCUGCUACGUCUACUGGGAGGACCAGCUCGUCUACUACCACGCCCUAAUCAAGGGCACCCUCACCUACGGCUCCGUCUCACACGUCUCCGGAAUUCAGGCCCAGAAGCUCUUCCUCUGGCUCCCCGUCACCGGAAUCAAGCUCCACCAAGAUUCUGACAUGCUUCAGUUUUUCGUUGGAGCUUUCUCGCAGGAAUUUCCCGCCUCCGACUUCCAGGAUGUACCUGGGUGCUCCCCCACAGGAUCGCUGCUCACUCCAAAUCUUCUCCUUCCUCUCUGA